GUAUGAUAAUUUUCGAAAAUCGUGUUUACAAGGUGUAGAUAAUAUACAAGGUAGUUUUGCGCCUUUUCUCAUGUAUUUUGUACAUCUAUAUAUAACGCAAUAGCCCAACAAGUAUAAAAAUGUAUGUGUUUAAUGCCGUUGGAGGGGCAAGAGGCGGGAAGAGAGUGGAGAUUUGUGCGGGGAGGGAGUUCGCGCGAAUAUUAGCUGCAGCCUGCUAUAAUUGAGCAACAGUCCUAUAUACAUGCGUUUCAGGCGUCUUUGCAUUUAUGAGAAGCACUAAAAUUGCGCGAAAAUUUGGGACGCCUGGUGUAGCGAGGAGCGGUCAUUUUAAAACUAUGUCUUUCAAAAAUAUUGAAGUUGCUUUGUCCACCAAUUUCCGGUUUUCGAAAUAGAGAAGUAGAAUAAAUGUUGAGUCAAUGGCCCUCAACUUUCACCAUAAAUCUAGUAUGAGUGGUACAGGAUUUUCAGAUUGGCCUGAUGUCUACAACACAAUUUCAAAUUUUACACCAGAUAUGUCUUUUGAUGUGCGUAAUCAUAUCCUAAAUAAUUCUAAUAAUGCAUCUCAAGUUGAAAACAAUUCAUCUCAUGGAGCAUUUGCUGGAGAAGUCAAACCGGAAGCUAAAGUUCUGGUGCUUUACACAGGAGGAACCAUAGGAAUGGUUAGAAAUAGAGAAGGAGUCUUAGUCCCACUUGCAAAUGCAUUUGUCAAGAAUUUAAGGAGAUAUCCAAAUCUGCAUGAUAAAGAAUAUGCAGAAAAAAGAUUUGGAGAAAUGGGUCCACUUGCUCUGCCAAUAACAGAUACAGAUAGCAGACGAAUAACUUACAAUGUAGUGGAGUAUUCACCUCUAUGUGAUUCAAGUAAUAUGAAAAUGAGUGACUGGAUGAAAAUUGCUCGUGAUAUUGAGGCAUCAUAUGAACAUUUUGAUGGUUUUGUGGUUCUUCAUGGAACUGAUACCCUAAGUUAUACAGCUUCAGCUCUAUCUUUUAUGCUUGAAGCUUUGGGAAAAAUCGUAAUUCUCACAGGAUCUCAAGUACCUUUAUUUGAUACAAGAAGUGAUGGGCUUGACAAUUUUUUAACUUCGCUGGUCAUUGCUGCAAAUUACAAUAUUCCUGAAGUUUGUGUUCUUUUUGGCCAUAAGUUGAUGCGAGGGAAUCGUACCACCAAAGCGUCAGUCAAUUCUUUCGAGGCUUUCCAUUCACCGAACGUUGCACCACUGGCCGUAGCUGGAAUAAAAAUCGAUGUGGAUUAUCGUUCUAUAUUCAGAUCGAUUGAUCUGGAAAAAUUUCACGUACAUUCAACAGUUUGUGAAAAGGUAGGUUUGCUUCGCCUUUUUCCAAGCAUAACUGCCGAACUAGUACGUGCAUUUUGUCGAGAGCCAAUCCAAGGCAUCGUUCUACAAACUUACGGUGCUGGAAACGUUCCAUCUAAUCGAGAAGAUAUUUUAGCAGAGCUAAAAGCAGCUACUGACCGGAAGGUCAUCAUCGUAAAUAUAACGCAGUGUCCACAAGGCAGCGUAGAGUCACUCUAUGAAGCUGGACGAAUAUUGGACAAUGCUGGUGUCAUUCCCGGUUACGACAUGACUCCCGAGGCUGCUUUGACAAAACUUGCUUACGUACUGUCGAAAAAUGAUUGGGACAUCGCGACCAAAAGGCUCAUGAUGGAAACGAGCUUGCGAGGUGAGCUGACUUCCGGACGAUCGGAAACGAUGCAAGAUUUCGAUCUGGUCGAUGCCGUCGGCCGAUCACUCGGGGUCAGUUCACCAGAAGAGUUUAGACAGUUGGGUUCGAUACUGUUCCCGGCCAUGCUCUUCGCAGCUGUUACAGCUAAAGACACGGCCAAGCUCGACGCUCUCAAACGAUACGGUGCCGAUGUGUCUCUAAUCAAUGCUGACGGCAGAACAGCAUUACACGUAGCUUGCUGCGAAGGAGACAUAGAUGUUGUGCACCAUCUUUUGAGAAUGGGAGCUAAUGUCCAUGUCAAAGAUCGAUACGACCACACUCCUUUGACUGACGCAAUUGAAUUUGAUAAGCACGAGAUUAUAAAAUUACUCGUGCAAUGUGGAGCCCAUCUGCACGAGCGCGGCAUCGUAAUUGGUGAUCGCAUGUGUCGCGCAGCCGCCGUGGGCAACAUCAAUCGUUUACGAUCCUACCACUUAGCUUCUGCCGAUUUGUCGCAGGCCGAUAUCUCGGGCAGGACGCCACUGCACUUGGCCGCUAUGCACGGACACGCGAAGUGCGUGGAAUUCUUACUGGAACGCGGAGUUGACCUUCAAGCCAGUGACAUGCUGAGAUUGACGCCGGAACUGAUCGCCACCGCUGAAUGCAAAGUAAUCAUUCAACGAGCAAUUUCGGCAAAUAGGCCAUAAAUGUAGGGUAAAGAAAGGUAGAACGUCGCAGCACGUGAUACUGCACACUCUAGAAAAUUUAUAACUUAGUGAUAAAAAAAAAUUUAUUUGUUAUAUCGUUCAAGGUACAAACAAAAUUUUAAUGAUUCAAGAACUUGGUAAAAUUUAGAUGGAUUUUAUAAAGCCAUAUUUUAUACAAUGCAUUCUAAAUCUACUUGAACAAAAGUAAAAGAACAGUAGUUUACAUUUUUACAAAAACUGUUGAUUAUGUUAGAGCGGUGUUUAAAUUUUGUUAUGCGUUAUAAUUGAGUGUUUUUAUGUAGGUAUUAUAUUUUAUUAGGAUGAAAAUUUAUU